GCUGUCCUGCUGCUGCUGUUGGUGACGUCAGCGCCGCUGCUGCCGGGCCUGGAGGCUGCCGAGGUGCUGGGGCUGUUCCAGUCGCCGGGGCGCAGCCAGUGGCUGCUGGCGGAGACGUACCUGAGGGCGCUGGAGCGGCGCGGCCACCGCGUCACCGCAGUUACCACGUUCCCCUCCAGCCAGGGCGGCACCGCGGCCAACUGGACCGAGAUCCUCAUACCGAACCCUGUCAACGAAGACGGUAAUCUCAACGUAUUCGAAGCGGCCUCGACAACUCUCUUGGAUUUGCCGAAGGAGUUCCUUGUGGUUGCUGAAAAAAUGUGUCACGGAUUUCUGAGGGACGAAAAUGUACAGAAGUUGCACAAGUCGGGCAAGAAAUUUGACGUCAUUAUUCUGGAGAACCUUUUCACAGAAUGUGUACACGGAUACGCUCAUGGCCUGAAAGCGCCUGUAAUUGUGCUCUCCAGUUUCGCGGGAACGGACUGGAUGGCCGACAUGGUGGGAAAUCCGGCCCCGUACUCUUAUGUACCGAACCCAUUCCUCGCGUUAGGCACCCACAUGAGUUUUAUCGAGCGACUUCAGAAUACACUUGUAAGUAUAGGAGGAAAAGUCAUCCGUCAGUUUCUGUAUCUGCCAAUGCUGGAUUCAAUUUUACAGACGUAUCUGAAAGAUCCGUCACUACCUUCAUUGUCCGAAAUCGAAAGACAGACGUCGCUUCUCCUGGUUAAUUACCACUUUACCCACGGAUGUCCUCGACCACUUGUACCCAACAUGGUGGAAGUUGGAGGGUUGCAUGUCAGGCAACCAAAGAAGCUACCCGAGGAUAUACAAAAGUUUCUGGACGAGGCCACGGACGGAGCGAUAUACUUCAGUAUGGGCUCUAACCUGCAAAGUGCUCACUGGCCUCAGGAGAAGCGGUCCGCCUUCCUGAAGGUGUUUUCGCAGCUGAAGCAGCGAGUCCUGUGGAAGUGGGAGACGGACUCGAUGCCCGGCCAGCCGCCCAACGUGAAGACGGGAAAGUGGUUGCCGCAGUCCGACAUACUGGCCCACAAGAACGUGCGGGCGUUCAUCACGCACGGCGGGCUGCUCAGCACGCAGGAGGCGACGGCCAGGGGCGUCCCGCUGGUGGGAAUCCCCGUGUUCGGCGACCAGUCGCUCAACAUGGCGCAGGCGCAGCGGCAGGGCUACGCGGUCACGCUCGCCAUCAGCAACAUCACCGAGGCAUCGCUGCAGUGGGCGCUGAACGAGGUGCUCAGCGUCCCCAGGUACCGAGAGAACGCCCAGAGCCUGUCGCGCAUCUUCAACGAUCGCCCCAGGAAGCCUCUGGACGAGGCGGUCUACUGGACAGAGUACGUCAUUAGGCACCAGGGGGCGCCGCACCUCAGGUCCGCCGCGCUGGACCUCGCCUGGUACCAGUACUUCCUGCUAGAUGUCGUCGCGGCGCUGCUCGCCGUGGUACUGCUGGUGCUCCUCAUCACAGGGGCAGCGUUCAAAGCUGGACUGCGGCUACUGAAGGGGACUGACGGUGGAUCCAAAGCUAAGAGGUCUAGCAGCAAGUCCACCAAGAGGGACUGA